CCUCCUCGGGGUCCCUUUUGUUGAACCAUCAAACAUAAGCACCUUUGGAGAUCCCGAGGGGUUCAGAUGAGAAACUGCCAUCGCCGCGCACACGGAACGGUCACUUCAACAGCGGCGCAGUCAUGUCGAGGUCUUUCUAUGUCGACUCUUUGAUAAUCAAGGACACGGUGCGACCGGGACCGGCGGAGCACCCGGGACAGGACUUCCUCAUCCCCAUCAGCAUGCACUCUCCGAGCGUGAUGACGGUCAGCGCUCCGGUGUGUCCGUCCAGGAAAACGGGGACUUUCUGCGUUUGUCCGCUGUGCGUCACGUCCCACAUCCACUCGUCCCGCGGCGGCAUUCCCAUGCUGAAGAGUCACUUCCCGGGAGCGGAGGCACAGUACUGUCACAGGAUAGCGCAUCAGCACCAUCAGUCUCCCGCACUCGCGCACCCGGGACAUACACCUGUCUGCACGCCCACCUUCGGCGUCACAGAUCCCAGGAGAUACCACUGUCUUUCUAUUGGCGCCUCUGAGAACAGCCACAUACAGAAUGGCAAGAGGAUGCGCACGGCGUUCACGAGCACGCAGCUCCUGGAACUCGAACGGGAGUUCUCCACGAACAUGUACCUGUCGAGACUCAGAAGAAUCGAAAUCGCCACGUACUUGAACCUGUCGGAGAAGCAGGUGAAAAUCUGGUUCCAGAACCGCCGGGUGAAGCACAAGAAGGAGGGGAAAGCCACCCAGAGGAGCGCGCACAGCGGCUGCAAGUGCACAGGCGGCCACACGGACUAUUCGAGGUCAGAGGACGAGGAGUCUCUAUCUCCAGCCUCUGCCACGGAAGAGAAAGAGGUGUCAGCCAUCUGAGAGGACACACGACUCCUCGACUCCCCACUGCUGGCACUUGCUCUGCCCCUGCUACAGGUCUGGGUUGUUAUGGCACCGCGCGACGGACGACUGAGCCGAAAAAAACUCCUGCAUGAAAGUCUGAGAAGUGUUUGGAAAAUGUUACUUCACGUUUACCCUGCUGUUCAAUUAAAAGAUAAAUACGUGAAUUUAUGUUCGUGAAAUAUUUGGAAGCUUUGGCUGUAUAUGCUGUGUGUGCAGACUGUUUUGAUCCCCUCAGGGUUCUCAUCUCAACGUACCCAAGUGCAGUCCACUAUCCCCAGUAAAUGUUUCCAAUUACCGCCUGACAUCCCGUUACUGUCAGUGGCCAAACCCGCGUGUGGAGCCUCAACGCAACAAUUUGUAAACUAUAUAUAUCUGUAUUUAUUGUAAUAAACAUUACGA